GUCUCCUCUCAAAACAAGUGAUUACGAAUUUCAGGUAAAAAAGGAUGAAGGAGAUGGCAGCGUUGCUGAUCGCAGCUGGCCUGACCGUAGCCGUGAGCCAGGAAUACGUGCCAGGGGGACAUGCCUUGUUCGUCAGAACGUCGCCGUCCUCCGUAAGAGAUGCACACUCGAGAGUCCAGCGAGCUGCUCCGAUAUCGGCCGCAGACGUGAUGGCGCAAAAUAUCCUCGAGUGGAUUCAAGGGAUCUACCGGCAGGGCGCACGUAAACCUCGUCAGCAGUCGGAUCCUCCAGGAUACCUGCCACCGUACAGCACUCAGAGACCACCGGAAAGGCCUCGACCUUUUCAACCACCGUCGACGACCAUCGGUUUCCCGUCCGGUCCAUCGACAACCGUGCAAUCACCGCCGUUCUCCACCCAGAGGCAAACGUACCUUCCACCGAGCAAUCAACCAUCAUCUUACAAUCCUCGCCCCACCACGACACCCUCCUACGGCACCUCCGCUUUUCCACCCUACAGCUCGACACCCUCUACUCCACGACCACCUGGAUACUCUACUCCCGGUGGAAUCUCGACCAGCUACGGUUACUCGACGCCAGAUUUCACCACUGCCGGACCAACGAAAUUCUCCACGCCGGCUGGUUUUUCAACCACGUACGGUUAUCCGUCUCAAAGGCCCAGUCCUGGUUACGUACCAUCCGCAGAUGGAACCUCUUUCGACACCGGCGUCGCUGGAUACCCUUCCUCACCGGGCUAUCCAUCCUCCCCCACUCCUGGAGGAGCGUUUCCCCCUCAGGAAACCGGCACCGGAACCGGCGGAACCCGUGUCACCAGACCUCCUGCGACUUCUCCUGGCGGAGGACCGACCGGUGGCGAAGACGACGAGGGCAAACACCCGCCGCAUAUUCACGCUCUCGACGUCGUGUGCAGCAAGACCAUGAUGACCAUCAACAUCGAGUUCAACCGCGCCUUCGACGGAGUUAUUUACUCAAAGGGAUACUUUAUGAAUCCAGAGUGUCGGUACGUGGAGCAAAAUUCCGGGCAGACACAGUACUCGUUCACGGUGAAUCUGGACUCCUGUGGCACCCAAUUUAUCAACGAUUUCGAGGGCGAAGCCGGCCAGGCGUACUUGGAGAACGUGCUCGUUCUACAGAACGAGCCAGGUAUACAGGAAGUUUGGGACACGGUGCGCAGAGUUCGUUGCCUCUGGGAAGGGAACAUCAACAAAGCGUUGACGGUCAACUUCUCCGUGGACAUGUUGAACCAAGAAAUAGUGACGUUCAGCGGUGACACGGCGACUGCCAGGUUGGACAUACAGGUGGGAAGGGGACCGUUCGCGCCUGCUGCCGAUGGCCUCGUUAAGAUCGGAGAGACAAUGACUCUGGUCGUUUCCGUCGAGGGAGAUCCUGGCUUCGAUCUUCAGGUCCGCGAUUGUCUGGCUCGCGACGAAUCAUCCGCCAACACGAUACAACUGACCGACGAAAGAGGAUGCAUACUGAAGCCAAAGUUGUUCGGCGCGUUCCAAAAGACGAACGACACCGGUAAUACGGGCGCGUCGAUCAUCGCUUACGCGUACUUCCAAGCUUUCAAAUUCCCCGACGUGAUGGACCUGUUCAUCGAAUGCAACGUGGAACUAUGCAAAACCGACUGCGAACCAUGCCCCGAUGCCAAUCAGCAAAUCGAGCCGGGCAGGCGACGCCGAUCGAUAAACACGUACGCGGCAUCGACGAACGCUUCAACGACGGCGAACGGCUCGACCGUGUUACUCUCCGAUCCGAUACGCGUCGCUCGUCGCUUCAAAGUGAUCAUGGUGGACGACUUGAGCAAAGCCAGCAACCAAAUUUUGCAACAGCUCGAGGAAACCGCGGUCGAAGAGGUCGCGAAUAGCGCGACGAACGUUUGCAUGACGCACAGUGGCUUUUACACCGCUAUCUCGUUCUUCUUAACCACCAUCCUUGUCACAACCAUCAGUGCGGUCACGCUCUACGUCAAGCUGCAACGAGUGUACGGAUCGAAAUUCAUCUAUUCGUAGACUGUUUUAUUCCGGCCGUGAUGAUUAAUCCCGGUUGCGAUCAAUUCGCGUCAAUCUUUUGUCAAUCUUUCGUAUUACACAGCUUUUCCAUCGUACAGCUCGUUCGUCAUAUGUAGAGAACAAUAUAAAUCACGAACAACGCAAAAGAGAAACGAUGACGCGAAGAACAAUUUAUCGCCGCGACGUGUGUUACUUGCCAUCUUUGCGAUACUUUUCAUAGGCGUAACAAUCACGCCUGUCGCAAAUAUACGAAUAAAUAAUUAAUUGUAACGCCAUAUUUCUUGCGUUAAUUGAUCGUCGUAUUUCAACAAAUCGAAUUCGAUUUCACACUCGAAAUCGGAUAGGCAUUGCCAAUGUGGUAUUUGUAAAGCCAGUCGAGUAUUUCUAUUAUCAAUCCAGCAAUGACAUUUUUUAACGAUACAACUGCGCUGUGCGACAAGAAUCGUAGCAACAUGAAUAUGUAGCAAUAACAAUAGCAGUAACAUGUACGUGUAUAUUUCUCGUUUCACUGUACAGUCGUUUCCCUUCGCAUCAUUGGAGAUGACAGGUUCGAUCGUCGACGAGUACAACAAACCUUACGAUUAAGAAUAACACGUAUACAGGACGAAUAAAAUAUACAUACAUACACGUGUAUACAAAUCAAAUAAUUCUCUCUCAUUCCAUAUUUAUAUUCCAAUGUUGUUUAGUUGCUAGGCAACAAAUUAAAUUUAUACAAAAUAAAUUUUUACAAAAUUUCAUCGAUCACGCGUGUCAUGUAUCGUAACAAUCAUGGAUCGAAAUAAAAACUGAAACAAAUAAUACUCUUUAACCAUUGACAACUUUCUUGAUCGCUCAGGUACAAAAUAUGUAGACAC